AUGGCCACGGACGCUAGCGGACCGCCAUGGGUGCAAGCCGUGCGGGGACGAUGCCAUCGCUGGCUUCAUUUUACGACACUCUCGCUGAGUCUGCUGGGCUCGCAGGUGGUGUGGAGCCUGGAGCUGGCGUACGGCACGCCGUACCUCCUUUCGCUGGGUCUAUCCAAGUCCGCUACGGGAUACGUGUGGAUGGCUGGGCCGCUCAGUGGGCUCAUUAUGCAGCCUGUGCUGGGCUCUCUCUCUGACUCAUCGAUGUCGCCUUUCCGCCGGCGCAAGUACAUGAUCGGCUCGAGCGCCGUCGUGGCGCUUUCGACGUGCCUCAUUGCCUUUUCUGAACCUUUAUCGCUGCUUGUGCUGGAUGCUAUCGGCAUCGGACUCGGUGAUUGGGAUCCUGCGCGCCGCAAACAUGCUAGAUAUGUCAUGCAAGUCCUGAGCAUUCUGGGCUUUUGGAUCUUUGACUUUGGCGUCAAUGGCCUGCAAGUGACAUCUCGCGCGCUCAUUCUCGAUCAUGUGGGCGUCGCAGAACAGAACGAAGCAAACGCUUGGCACGGUCGCAUGCUCCAUGCUGGCAACAUGAUCGGGUACUGGUGCGGCUGGGUCGACUUGGCGUCGUGGCCGUCCCUCGCAUGGAUAGGGGGCGGCCAGUUUCGGCGCUUCGCUGUGGUAAGUAUCGCGUGCAUGUGUGUAUGUGUAGCCAUCACAUGCGUGUUUACCCCCGAGCACUGCACGAGAAUGGGUGCGAAGCAGCCGUCCGAGGGCAUGGUGAAGCGCCUCCAUGCUUCGAUCCGCCAGGUAUGGAGCGUGGGCCGCGCUCUUCCUCUCUCCAUCCAGCGUGUAUGUCUCGUGGAGCUGCUGGCUUCCAUGAGCUGGUUCCCUUUCUUGUUUUACAGCACUACAUACGUGCUUGAUAUGUCGCACAAGAAACACAAGCACCACUCUGACGCCGAUCGGCAAAUCGGCAGCUUGGCCAUGCUGUGCUUUGCCAUACUCGCCAUGAUCUCAGGUCUCAUUUUGCCGAGCAUUUCCUUGGCUGGACGCACGAAUGCGUCGUCUGUGGCCGAGCCAGAGCCAUGGCGCACACGCAGUCUGAGUCUGCGGACGAUCUGGACGCUCGGCGCUCUCUUUCAGGCUAUCCUCAUGGUAGGCACGUUCUUUGUUCGGAAGCAAGCACACGCCAUCGUGCUGGUGAUGCUGAUGGGCAUCCCAUGGAGCGUAUGGAUGUGGGUACCGUAUGCUAUGAUUGGCGAGUUUGUGCGUGAAGCGGAAAAGUCCACCGCAUUCUCGCUGUACGAUGAGCAAUGGCCCGCACAGCGCAUCAUGGAACACCAGAAACGCGCGAGUCUCCAAGAGUCCGAGCAGCAUGCUUAUCCACGACGUUGGCCGAGCACAUUUGACAGCUCCUUGCGCUCAUCAUCCAUUCGCAGUGUGUCAGGGACUCAUGGGCCGUCGAUCGUAUCACGCGGCCCUGAAGUCGUCCGCCCGGACGAUGGCAACAUGCUAGAAGACAGCACCAACGGAGGCACUGUUUUGGGCAUCCACAACUUGUCGAUCGUGCUGCCUCAGCUCCUGAUGGCUUUGAUAGCCGCGCUUGUUUUUCGCUGGACCAAAGGCGGGAACGGAGACGUCGCAUGGGUCCUUCGACUCAGUGGCUUCGUGGCGCUGGGGGCCGCGUGUCUCACGCGCUUCGUGCCACUCACACUCACGGAACGCAAGGCACGCCAUGCCGGUUACACACUUCUCCCUGAUGACGACGAAGCGGGUGCCGCAGAUGCUGAAGAUCGUAUGGACGAUUCUACUAAUGAGAGUUUGGAUGCCGAUCCAAACGAUGAGAGCAUGGAAUAG